AUCACGCGACCCAACGUGGGCUUCUGUAGUGUAGCAGCCCAGCUGCGACGUUAGUCUUUAUUUAGAUUUAUAUUAACACAUUUACCACACUUUCUAGUCCAGUAGUGUGUGUUUGUGUGGAAGCUCUCUUUUCUUUCUUUCCCUAGUCUUCAUCUUAAACGAAGAAGUUUUAACGGCGGAGUUCCACACGUCGCAGCAGGACAGUUUGAAAAUGAAAACUCUUCUCAGCGAAACAUCGGCUAAUUUCCUUGUGGACGCCUCUCUGCUGUACAAGGAAACAUGUCCGGAGCUAUCACGGUUCUUCCUGCAGGGGCCAGUGAAUGCAAAUUUGAAUGCACCAGCGAAGAAGAAAUCGACCAGACUGUUGCACAACGCCUCGGUGUGUUCGUACUGUUAUCAGUGGCUGCAGCCCGACAAUCACCGGGUGCGACUGUGGCCGAAGCGACGCCCAUCAGCGCGGAUGCAGAGCGUCCUGCGCAGAAACGCCAGGGGGAAACGUCUCAGCCUGGUGCAGAAAAAUCUACUGCAGCGCUUCCAAAAGUCCUCCUCAGUACUGAUGGCCACCUGCCACACUUGCAAUAACACAUCCAGACACAAAGGAAUGAACAGGGACUUCAUAUCUACCCUCGCUAAGACCCACAGCACGCCGGGGAGCACUGGCAAACACCGGACUCCACAGUCAACCAGCAGAUCCAACAUGACCACCCCCAAGACUCCUGGCAAAGACAAGACACCUGGUCAUACGCCUAGGUCAUCUACCUCCUCCAACACUUCAGGGUCAGGCUCAUCUUCCUCCAAGCCUCCCUCCAAACCAAAAAACUGGGUUGUCCAGCGUCUCAGCAAGAUUCUCAUGCGAGAGGACAACCAGGGCAGCAAGAAGGGGGGCCUGAAAGAUUUUCUGUCCUCACUUUGAGUAUCUCAUAUACACUCAUUAAAAAGCAUGGGGUUAGACCCAUUUUGUAACAGGGGGAACUAAGAGAGGGUAACUUUGGUUUCCGAGCUUGUGCGUGAAGGGUUACAGUUUGCCCACCAACACAACUAUUGUGGGGUUGUGUGGAAUGGCGCGUCUGGAAUCCUGAAUGCAGAAACUGGGAGCACUGGGCUUGUUAUUUCAAUCAGGGCUAUUGUAUCCUCUGCUGAGCCUACCAGAGGAGAGUGCUUCCUUUGUCUAAUUUAGCACACGCCUCUUCUGAUCUCCUGAACGGGGGAUUUUACUUUAAGUGGAAUGUCUGAGGGAAUUUUUCAGUAUUUAUCAAAUGAAACAUCACAGGAAACCCAUCUUUGCUCCGCGGUGGUGUUUGUGGCAGGACCAACUGGUUGACAUGCCAAUAUCCUUCUCUGUUUUUAAUUUUUCUGAAGUUACAAUCUUGCAUUUAUAUGAUAUAUAUAAUGGUAUUUGGUAUUCAUACUACCUUAUGUUAACACUUUUGUAUGUUAACUAUUUACUCACUUAAUUUUUUUACUCUCCAGUCGGGAGGUGUGUCUGUGUUUUGAUGGCACUGGCUACAAAUGGCAAAUAUUCACCAAUAUUCUGUAAAUAUGUUGUUGACACUGUUGUAUUUUUGUACAUGCACACUGGCGAUAUUGAGGCUGUGCAAGUCAACUUUGUAAUUAUCCUCUAAAACGGGAUUCACCAGUUGUUGUUUACAUGAAAUAGGCACCUUUGCUUAAAACUUUUUCAUGCAAGACUUGCUGACAAUACAUUGUGUCGAACCUUUCACUUUUCUUUUGAUACUUUCUUUAGGUGUGUAUUUGUGUGUAUGGUUACUCUUUUAACUUUGGUUAAGAGCAAGGAUUUAAAUAUCUACUGCAUUUUGUACUGCCUGAUCUACCCACCCGUCGUCCGUCGGCUGUUCAAUGUACAGUGUGUGUUUAAGUCCUGAAGUACCUCACAUUUGUAUUCAUGUUGUUUCUCUCCAAUAAAAUAUUUACUGUCUGUUAAA